AACUGUACUGGCAUCGUCCACACCCGCCUUGCCCGCUAUUUUCCGCCUUCCAUUUAUUUUCUUUUCUUGUCUUCGACUCUAAAUUUUUCAAACAAGUUCACUCUAUUUUCUCUCUGUGAUCAUGGGCAUCAAGGACGCAGCGAAUAGGCGGAAAUCUAUUGCAGUAUCUAGCCAUAGGGCUGGCAGCAUGGUGCCAAAGAGUCGUAGAAGAGCACACAGUGUAGUUCCUAGUGAGCUGAGUCCGUUUGCACGAUCUCGUUUAUCAGCGGGCCCCGCCAAAGGCAUCCUCAAAGCAACGUCUUUGAAAACAGCGCUACAGGAUGAUUCUCGCGCCAACUCUCAUACCGCGAACCAAGGAAGUUCGCAGUCACAAGCCGGAUUUCCUUCCUCAGCAAACGAUGGUGACGACCCCAAUGCCACAGAGUCUAUGGAUAUGACCCAUGAUUUCCAAACAAGAAUACAUGAUAACUUUACCCGAAAAUCUAUGGGUCGCCGCGUUAGCUUCAGUGAACACGCGUACGUUCGGCUUUUCGAUGGAAGCACAGACAACACCAACAGCACAGGAACACCUCAGUCAUCACCAGGAGCGCUGUCAUCAGAGAGCGAUGUGCCAUCUGUUCCCGUCAAUGACGAGAACGCGUACCCCAGUGCAUCCCGUCGUCAGAGUUCACUUCGUCAAUCGUUUGCCAGCGACGGGUCUGACAUGGACCUUACCACAAUCGGCGGUGCAUCCUCAGCACUUUUGGACGAAGAAUUCGACGAUUUUGAUGAUGACAUGGAGAUAACGGAGGUUUUGAAUGGAAAUAUUCUGCGUAAGCGUUCGAUGUCGACCGCCGGACGCACUCCUUUGUCCGACAAACAUACCUAUUCUAUGCCAGACCCUGAUGAUGUUGCUUCUUUUUCGGAAGAACAAUCAAUGUCCUUCUCAGAAGAUAUGUCACAGUCGGAAGGUGAACAUAUCCAGCCGAUGGAGUUCACGAUUCCUCUCGCACAUGCGCUACGUCCUGCGAAUCAAGAUCCUGUCUGGCUUCAACUUCAAAAAGCUACGCAUGCGGGGACGUCCUCUGUUCCUUAUACAGAGGACGAUGAUGUGGACCUUUUGGGGAUGGACGGUGCAGAAGAGAUGGAAAUCAGUGACGCUUUGGAAAGAUUGCAACGGGCUCGAGAAUCUUUGGGCUUGAGCGUCGGCGGAGAUUCUUUCUCUAGUGUGGAGAGCGAGGAUAACGCUGAAGAUGUAGAUCGGACCAUGAACAUCAGCAAAGUUUUUGGAAGGCCGAAAGCUGUAUUCAUGGAUGAAGCAGAGCCCUCCGUCCAAGUAUCACCGGCAGCCGAGCCACCACUGACUCAUUCAGUAUACCAGCCCAUCCCAUCCCCAGUCCUACUUCAGCCCACGUUUACCGAUGUCCAACCUCCCACAGAGCCUAGGUCAAACGCAACUAAUCUCACGACAUCUCAACAGGCAAAUGUAUUUUCAAACUCGAAACCAAGCGUUUUUAGCUCCUCUAACGUAAUCAAUGUGCCGUCUCCAUUAAGAAAAUCCCCUGCUAGAGUUGGACCAAAAACCUUUACUGCUGCAUUUGCUCCCCCAGUCGCACGGCCCUCUCCGAAGCAACCAACGAAAUCCUCUCAGAACUCAAAGCGCACUCAUUCUCAACAAUCAAAUGAUGAAAACUCAGAGGACAGUCCCAGUCCAGCCAAACGAUUCGUUAUCACUUCACCUCGACUUGCUCAUGAUAAUGACCGCACAUCAGCCUCCUCAGCUACGCCAACCCCUCGACCGCUAUCACCUAGUAAGAAAGCGCGUUUCGAGAGCAUAAGAUCUAAGGAUUCCACACAGAAGAUGGCAGCUACCAAACGCACUUCUGGUUAUUUUGCUCGAAGACGCAGCAUCGCAACAGGAUUGGCCAGUGCCCAUCGAGAAGUGGAACUUGUUCCAUCUCUCACUCGAACGUCUUCCCAAAAGAAAACAGGUCUUGCAUUGGGCCGGGCGAGUUUGGGGUCGGGUCCAAUGGAUGCGUGGAAGCGAUUCAAUAGGGACGCAGGUAGUCCCGCAAGUGAAGAGGCUGAAAUGGCAGCACAAGAUCCUGAAAUUCCUGUACAAGAUAGCACACCUAUCUGUUCUUCGCCUGAUCGUUCUGUACCUCCGGAAACACCUAGUUCACCUUCACCCACUCCUUCGUCUCCCGUGACCGAUGGCAACCCUUUCUCUGUUUUGGACCCUCCAAGUCCUGAAACUCAGGAGCUUCGAAUGGACGUUGACUUGCAGGCCACCGAACAGUGGCGACGGGAAGUCGAGCCAGACCUGGAUGAGGAUGAAGGACCGCCCAUUUCCAUCCAGCAGUUCUUCGAAAUGACGAACAUUAAAUUCAUGGAUGAUCUGACUGCUCCCAGGAGAUCCUUGCAUCCCUCACAACUUGCAUCUAGGCAAUCUCGAAACCCCUCAGAUAUACGUCCGACGGAAUAUACCAUUGCUGUUGCCAUCGACAUCCCUCAACUCUUAUUGUAUUCACGCGUGUCAAGUGAUCUUCAGGCGUGGAUGCAACAGAGCAAGGGUGUCUUCGCUGAAGCAGAGGAAGAAGCAGCGAAGAUGACACCAGAGUUAUUCAUCGAGUUCUCGCGUGCGGACGAAGAAGGGAAAGCUGAAUUAUUGCACCAACUUAAUCUCAUCCGUACCAAUACGAGAGCCCAAGCAAAAUCGGAUUGGUACGAAUGGAAAUUACAGUGGGUUGAGGGCUUGCGAGUGACGGCGGAACAGGCCUUGAGUGAUCUCGAGAUGGACGCGAGAACUCUGGCGGAUCUGCGAGCUCACGCAGAUGACAUUGUCCCUGCUCUUCAACAGGAGUACGACAGCAUCGUGCGAGAGUUGCAACAAGAACAAGCAGAAGUCGCUGAGAUUGAACAAUGUGACCAGGAUUACUUAAACGAGCUCAAAGCCUCGAUUGCUGAGCAAAAUAUUGAAGUCGAUGCUCUCAAAGCUGAAGUGUCUGAGGGGAAUGAUCAAUUAAAAUGGCUAGGUGAACGCCUGGAGGAAAUCGAACUUCAACGGCGCCAAGCGAAUGCCGCGAUAUCGGAAGCAAAUCGCAUUUUGCAUAUGCAGACCCACAGCACAGAGACUGAGGUCUUCAGGUUACGAAGUGAGCUUGAAGCCCUAGAAGAUAUGCACAUGUUCCACGUGGCUAAAGUGGACUCACAUCUUUUUGAAUAUGUUUAUGCCUCACAGUUCCGUGUGUGCAUACCAUGCGUUAACUUCUUACCAGUCGUCCAAAAGGUGGAAGUUCAGACGCUAGAUGCCGUUCGCUUCAAGUAUAAGGACGAUUUCCCUCGUCUCAGCCGAUUUUUAGUAUCAGCAGCCAAUCAUCUUGUUCACAACGCCGAUGCAAUGACGACUCGGCAGAUUUUCCACCUUCUUCGUGAUUACUGGUCAUCCUGUUCUCAGCUACGCCUUCAAAUUUCGUACAUAUCUAUAAGGUUCCCCGUGGACAUAACGACUUGUAUUUCUGAGAACCCGUCCUUCACUGCGGUCGUAAACAUGAUGUUUCCCCCCAAGAAGGCGAAGGUUUUGGUCUCAUUCCACUUUGAUUUGGGUGUAUUCUCCAAAUGGCCUUGUUCUGUUGCAUCUGUCCAAUACGGAGUGGAGGUUGCUUAUGGCAGCAUCGACCCUUCCCCCAUCUCUGACGCAGUGGCUCAGCGAUUGCGAGAAGCGAGUCCCGAUGACAGCUACGCGUGCUUGUUGGAUGCAUGCAUAGAUGCCCACGAAGCUUGUCGGUAGGGUCUUUUUAGGCAACAUAUAUGUAUUUAUGUCUUCUACUUAUUUCCUUGCUUCCGUCUGUAACAUCAUUAAUGUCAUUAUUAUCAUGCAU